AUGCUUUCGAGGCACGCCCACCGGGGCAUUUAUGCGCAAAGCAUAACUUCUUCAUCGUUAAGAAGACCAAUGACCAGAACAUGGUCGUGCUGCAGCUUAACAUUGGCUGUUGGCCACCGUCAUGUUGUCACACGACCGGCCACCCCUUGGCGACGACCAACGACAGAAACCAUGCGCAAUGUGCUUUCUGAGCGCAACUUGGCCACUGCUGUCGGUGACUUUCCGCUUGAACAUGAUAUCUAUACCAAUUAUUCGCAACAAUCGAUGAGCCCCUUCGCUGGGCAAUUCGCAACUCCCGACUUCCUCUCCUUCGAUCCGACGGCGCCCUUGGUCAUCCCUGAACCUACCGCGGCGAAGCCAUUGACCAAAACAAAUGUCCACGGCGUUCCGGGAGACACUGAAGAUAUGCUUCCUGUCUUUGAUGCUUGCAUUAGAGUUGGAAAAUUAGACAGAGCCAGCCUUGUGUUGAAACGUAUCAACCAAGUCGGCAUGUUGUCACCUGAGGAGCGAAUUUUGUUACACAACAGAUAUUUGCAAGCCUCAUUACAGUAUAUGCGAACGAAUCCCGAUCGAGCCCGCGCAGAGCAACUACACAAGUGGUAUGAGCUCCAAGUUCGAAACAAAAACCUGCCGCAUACUGCCGAGACCAUCGCAUGUAUGCUCAAGGCCUCACUAUUAUCCGAGCGAGGUGCCCGCUUGACAAGACUCGUCACAAGAUAUAUGGGAAUGGCGCCAGGUGAGGCCGGACUUGUAGUUCUUGGAAUGGAUGAUAUUCUCAGCGACCAAGACCUCGCAGUUAUUACCGAAAUCUGCCCAACAUACAACUUCUCUGCCGACGCCCAGGACUACAUUGACGAACUGGAGGUAGAACCAGCCGUUCUCUCUGAAGACAUGGCAUCGGAGCAAACACAAACGAGCAAAUUAUCAGACGAAGCGUAUCCUAAGCUUGUAUCUACCCCUCAAAAUGGCCACGGUCUAUCCUCGUUGAUGAUGGGCUUGGAGCUUCUUGGCAGCUAUGAGAACUUAGACAUCGCUUCUCUUCCCCUCGCCGAUCGAGAAGCCAUUCAGCAGCAUCUUGAACGCGAUUCCAUCGAUGCAGCUAUUUUCAAGUGGCGCGAAAUGUCAAAGGGCCUGCAAAGACUGGGCGUCAGCACCGCAUUCAGCUCCACAUCGCCAAGCAGCUUAGCAUCUUCACACAUGGGCUCAUGGCUCAACGGCAUGGUUGUUCGACUCAAGGAAGAAUUCGCUCUGAUUGAAAAAUCGGAAAACAAGGCCGUCAAAUCAGAAGCUGAUUUGGAGCGCUGCCUGUACGGCCCGAUCAUCUCCGAAGCCGAUCCAUCUCGACUUGCCGCCAUUACUAUACUCGCUGUUCUCAACCACGGAUCUUUGAGCGGACUCGACAAGGGCCUUGUUGUUAGCAAACUUAUCACUGAAGUUGCACGCCUUGCACAAGAAGAUAUCGAAAUGCAGCGCAAGGAAAAGAGCAAGACGAGCCGCAGAAAGCGUUACCUGCGCUACGAUGCUACCACCGAGACCGAUCCAUCAAACACCGAAGCUCCCGUACAACUGCUACAGGCCACCGAGGCCAGCGAACGUCUGCAAGAAAACAUGCAGAAGCCAUGGUCGCUACAAAUCAAAGCACACCUUGGAUCCAUCCUGGUCAAGUCAUUUAUCGAGACUGCCAAGGUUGACGCUAUAAAAUUCGACCCCGUAACUGGAGAAAGCAUUACACAAUCACAGCCCGCAUUCACCCACCUUCAACAACCCAGAAAGGGUAAAAAGGUCGGUGUCCUUUACCUUAAUGAAGUCCUCGUAUCAAAGCUGAAGAAGGAGCCCAUGGGCGAUUUCCUUGCCAAACAUCUCCCCAUGGUUGUUCCACCUAAGCCUUGGAGAGGCCUUGACAAGGGAGGCUUCCUUGCUAGUAAGGCCAAUGUCGUUCGUUUCAAGCCUGGUGAUGUCGAACAGCGACUCUAUACCAAAGAAGCUGUUGCAUCUGGCAGCAUGGAUAAAGUGUUCAAGGGCCUCGAUGUCCUUGGCAAGACGGCCUGGAAGAUCAACGAGAAAACUUUUGACGUCAUGGUGCAGGCAUGGAACACGGGAGAAGAAAUUACCAACUUCCCUCCUCUCCAUCCUGAUCUUGAAGUUCCACAAGAACCCAACUCCUCCGAAAACCCAUCCAUCCGACGAAAGUGGCUGAGCAAGGUAAAGGCCAUAGAGAAUGAGCGCUCGGCCUUGCACUCUCAGCGAUGCUAUAUCAACUUGCAGCUUGAGGUUGCUAGAGCAUUCCGCAACCAAACCUUCUACUUCCCGCACAAUGUCGACUACCGUGGCCGAGCCUAUCCCAUUCCUGCCUACCUGAACCACAUGGGAGCUGACCACGCUCGCGCCAUUCUCAAAUUUGCUGAAGGUCGUGAACUUGGUGCUCGUGGCCUCCGAUGGGUCAAGAUUCAUCUCGCCAACGUUUUCGGACUCGACAAGUCUAGCUUUGACGAGCGCGAAGCUUUCUCCAACGACAACAUGGAAAACAUCAAGGAGUCUGCGGCGAACCCACUUGGAGGUAGCCGCUGGUGGAUGAAGGCUGAGGACCCUUGGCAAUGCCUUUCUGCCUGUUUCGAACUUGCCGCGGCUAUGGAACUUGAAGACCCGACGAAAUACAUUUCGCAUCUUCCAGUCCACCAGGACGGUACCUGCAACGGUCUCCAGCACUAUGCUGCUCUUGGUGGUGACACCUGGGGUGCCAAGCAGGUAAACUUAGAGCCUGGAGAGCGCCCUGCUGACGUCUACUCUGCCGUAGCCGAUCUAGUCAAGGCAGCUAUCGUGAAGGAUGCCGAGGCACAGGAUCCAUUCGGUCUCGCGCUCAACGGCAAGAUUACACGAAAGGUUGUCAAGCAGACUGUCAUGACCAACGUGUACGGUGUGACUUUUGCCGGUGCUAAGAAGCAGGUUUGCAAGCAAAUUGAUGCCCUCUACCCCAACCUUGGCAACGAGUGCGGCAUCCCUAACCUGCGACUAUCUUCUUACAUUGCACGCCACAUCUUCACUGCCCUUGCCACCAUGUUCCGUGGUGCUCAUGACAUUCAGCAUUGGCUUGGUGAAGUUGGUGGUCGCGUUUGCCGAGCAUUGACUGUGUCUCAGCUUCAGCAGAUUGCUGAUGCCUAUGGUGAGAGCAUGUCGGAGGAUGGAAGUCGUAGAGGUAGAGGCAAAAAGGCCACUAGCAAAGCCAAGACUGGCUUUGAGGAGCUUUCUCAGCAAUUCCGCUCCACAGUGGUCUGGACGACACCGCUUCGAAUGCCCGUUGCGCAACCCUACCGCAAGCAAAACACCAAGGAGAUCCGCACUUGCCUCCAGGCCGUUGUCUAUCCCGUCAGUGACCAAACCGACCCUGUCAACCGACGAAAGCAACUUCAAGGAUUCCCACCCAACUUCAUCCACUCACUUGAUGCCAGCCACAUGUUGUUGUCUGCGCUGAAGUGUGACGAGCUCGGCCUCUCGUUCGCAGCUGUCCACGAUUCCUUCUGGACCCAUGCUAGCGAUGUUGAUGUCAUGAACGGUGUCAUUAGAGACUCUUUCAUCAACAUUCACGAGGAAGAUGUCGUCGGACGUCUGUCCAAGGAAUUCCAGACACGCCACCAAGGUUCCAUCUAUCUCGCUCACAUUGACCCUGACUCUGCUGUUGCCAAGAAGAUCAAGGAACUGCGUAAGAAGAGCAAGCUUUCUCCUCAGGAGGAGUUGCUCCUUGAGCACAAGCGCAACCAGCUGCGUCUGUCCGGCAACCCUUGGGACCUGGAAGCAGCGAAGCAAAUCAUCACCCCAGCUUCUGUCUACGAAGACAUGAAGGCUUCUGAGGUUGACGUGACAAUCGCCCACGAUGCUGCUGACAUGGGCUUGGGCAAGAUCACCGAGCAAGAUUUACUUGAGGACGAGCAAGAAAUGAAGGCUGCUCAAGAAGGUAGCGACCUCCUUGAAGAAGAAUCCAAGGAUUCUGUCGACGUCGACGAUGUUGAUAACUCGUUCCAAGCUCACAUCACCGGCGCACAAAAGAAGACAAAGGCCAAGUCGACCAGCAAGACUGCAAAGGCAGCUCUACCUGUUUGGCUUCCCCUGACCAUCCCCAAUAUCCCUGAGAAGGGCGACUUUGACGUCACGAGACUCCGUGGCAGCAAAUACUUCUUCUCAUAA